UUGAUCCAAAACAAAAACUAUACUCGACCGGUUCUUGUUUGAUAAACCAAAUUGUGAGAAAAGAGGGAAAGAGAAGAUAAAUGCGGAAACAGAAACUCUGCUCAGAUAGAUUUUGAUCAAACCAAACUCCCAGACGACGAUGAUGAUUCAAGAAAAAUAUACGGGGAGAUACCAAAAUCUAAAGGUAGCAGAAGCCCUCUCGAAUAAUCAUCUCUACCCAUUUGCUUGCAAUGAACUGAGCUCCAUUAUAGAUCUGGGUUUCUCUCGUUUUCCAAAAGACCUCAAAGCUUUCAUCUUUCGAGAUUGUCUCUCCGCUUUUCGUCUUCUUCCAGACAUGAACACAUCAGCUGCGGUUUCAGCCGCCAACCUUCUCGUUAAGAGCGUGGAAUCAGCAUUUCCCAAACAGAAGAAGAACUUAGCCGUUGUAGAAUUUAAGCAGGCAAAAGUAGCACUUAAGAGACGCAGUAAGAGCCAUGAGGAACAUAUAGAUAUGCCUUCACUUCCACAAGAUAUCCUUGUUCACAUCUUCAGUUUCCUUGAUGUAUCUUCCUUACUCUCCUCAUCUCAAGUCUCUCGCUCAUGGAACCAAGCAACGUGUGAAGGCUCUAUCUGGCGAUCACUUUUUGAUCUUCACUUCAAUCACAAAGUAUUUAUUCAUAUUCAUUCCGGUAUUGACUGGAGAGAAGCCUUUAAGAACGAAUAUAUCUUGUCAAAUUCAUCAAAGAUGUUAAGAUCUGGUCGAGGAUACUGCAGUUACUGUGACUCCAUUGUUUGGCACGACAACUUGAGAUGUCCGAAGAAACAAUGUCGGUUGAAAUCAGGCAAGAAGCCACUCGACCUCAUGUUAAUUCACCAGGUUGUUAAUUAUUUACUGGGAACAACGAGUUCGUCUGAUGAAAGUGAUUCUGAGGAUGAGGCGGCUGUUCGUGGAUUAUGGGCUUAUCCUACGCUUCAGUAGUUUCGUAGCUUUGCCAAAUUAUCAUGUCUCUGUGUAAAUGAUAGGUCCCAAAGACUUAAAGAACAAAAACACAAAGUUUACUGCAAUUUUCUUUUCUAUAAUCUUCAUUCACAAUA